GUUGUUUCUUCUGCUCAACGAUGAAAUCAAGUCUCUCGAUUCAAUAUCAGUUUUAAUCUUGAGUGCGUUCACAAUCAUAUAUUAUAUAUAUUGUAUAUUUAACGUGGUGCGCUUGUGUCAAAAAAAAAAAAAAAUAAAAAAACAGUGUCAAGUAUUUCAAAUUUUGAAAAACAGAUUAUUUUGAAAUUUGUUUUCUUUUUUUUUUAAUUAUUUUUUAAUUAUAUUUUUUCUUUACUAUAUAUAAAUCGUAUACUUUGUGCUAAAAAAUAAAAAAUUAAACAAACAAACGGAUGGAGUCUUCAAGAUCGUUGGAUAACGGUGUCAUUCCCUGUUCGAUAAUGAGUUUGACUGAUCAGGAAGUGCCAACAGUUACAAGCGAAUUAACGAGACUGUCUGGAGAUGGAUUUAGCCGAUUAUCGGAAUCAGUAAACGAUGUUAGUUCUGGAUACUGUGCAAAUUUUUUAUCAACUACAUCAAAUUGCGAGAAAAGUCAACGGGAGAGUGAUAUUUAUCAUACACAAGAAUACAGACACGAGCCUUGGCUUCAAGAUGGUAGCAGUUGCGAGACAGAAGAUAGUGAACAUUAUAUGACAGAUUUUCAAAGAAACACAAACAGAAACAUGAAACAGGAAACAAAUUGCAGACGAAGUGGUGAUGUUAAUUGUCAACAAUAUCAAACACCGUCUUCAAAUUCUCAGACAAGUAAUUUUUUGAAUUUAAGUCCAGCUCCGCCUACGUCGUGCUUUAGUCGAUCGAGUCCACGUGCAGAAGUAUCUGAAAAUAUUGCAGUCAAGGAAGAACCAGCCGAUAGGGAUUUUACAGAAUCUACGUCAUCCGUUACAAAUAUUUCAUCUCCUGAUGCGGAAACACGGAAUGCACACAACAAUUUGAUUUAUCAACAACGUUAUGGAUCAAAUAUAAGUGAGAGAGAAAAUAGAAGUUCACCAAUAAAUACAAGUCGGCCAGGUAGUGCAUCGUCAAUAAAUUCACAAUGGCCAUCAACAUCAGGUGGAUCAACAACUGAGAAUUAUCUCACACGUCGUCAAGAAUCAUCAUCGUGGUCAAGUGAAAUUUAUUCAAAACGAAGUGGCACACCAACAUGGACUGAACUUGGUACACAAUUGGAAUCAUCAAACAAUACAACAUCAUGGGAACGUCAAAGUACAUCGUGUUAUUUACAAAAAAGAAAUUCACCCACUACAUCAUUAUGGAGUACGGAGUACAAAAAUAAUAAUAAUAAUAACAAUAACAAUAAUAAUAAUAAUAAUAUUAAUAAAAAUGGACCAUCAUCAGCAUGGAGUGACGUUACCGUUGGUUAUCAACAACAACGAAGGGGUUCACUUCAAUUGUGGCAAUUUUUAGUUGCAUUAUUAGAUGAUCCAGCGAAUGCUCCUUGUAUCGCGUGGACCGGAAGGGGAAUGGAAUUUAAAUUAAUUGAACCAGAAGAGGUGGCACGUAGAUGGGGAGUUCAAAAAAAUAGGCCAGCAAUGAAUUAUGAUAAAUUGAGCCGUUCUCUUAGGUAUUAUUAUGAGAAGGGAAUAAUGCAAAAAGUUGCCGGUGAAAGAUACGUUUAUAAAUUUGUCUGCGAUCCAGAAGCACUUUUUAAUAUGGCCUAUGGUACAGGAAAUACUUCACUAACAAGUGAUAUGCAAAAUAGUUUAUCUAAAAGUCACGUGACAUCGGGAAAAAUUUCAACCGCCAGCGAUAUUGUUGAUUUGGGAAAGCAUUCAACAACAGGAUACGGUGAUGCUGUCCUUGCAAUGUACUCAAAUACUGCUUCAGUUUAUGGUCAAUCGAGUCUUCAUCAUUUGCAUCAAUAUUUGGGCAGUAAUGAAGGUUUUAAAACACCUCCAAGCCGAUAUCAUUCACCUUAUGCACAUCAAUAUGGAAAUAAUCAUCAUCACCACCAUCAUCAUCAUCAUCAUCCAUCCUCGUCAGCGUACACUGAAUCUUUUCUCAAUUAUGGAUUGGGAAUUUCGGCACACGAAUUUCCAUUGGAUGCAAGAACACAAGAAACAGCGAAACAAAUUUAUCCUCAUGAUACAUGUGAAAGUAGCAGCGAAAGAGAACAUGACUCAACUACAUAUCAUGGUUUACAGAGAUCACAAAUAUCGACCAAUAUUGUCAGUUCUCAAACACCUCUCAUUGAGGGUAGUGCAAGCUCAAAAAUUGAACAAACACCCUAUACUUGCCUCGGUGUUGGUAGUUGUGUAUGUUAAAAAAAAAUAAUUCUUGUCCCUUAUUAUUUUUAUUUAUCUACUUUUUUCCAUAACAAUCUAAUUAAAUGACAAUUUUUCAUUUAAUUUAAUGAAGUAAUAAUAAUAAAAAACAGAAUAGGAUA